AUUCUGAGUUGUCAAUGACAACCAUCGUUGCUUCGAGCACCAUUUUUGCUCACAAAAGUUGUAUUGAUUACGAUGAUGGAAAGGUGAGAAAAGAUGGAGGGGAAGCAACUCACCACGCGGCCUUCGAAGCCCGUGCAUAUAUAGAAGUAGAAUAUUGUGUUUGCAGUGCUACAAGCGGGCAGCUUAUUUACAACGCGCCCUGGUGAAUAUCAAAAAUCUCUUCUAUUACCAUAAGCCUCCUCAAGAGAAAGGAUCCAUAUGUUCAACUAAAUAGCUCGAUGAACAUCAUGAUGCAAAGAUUGGCACCGGCUACAUCGCUCUCAUCGAUGAAUGGCGGUGCCCAAAUACGAGAAGUUUGGUCGGAUAAUGUGGAAGAAGAGAUGGGUAAUCUGCGGAAAGCGAUCGAACGAUAUCCAUACGUUGCAAUGGAUACAGAAUUCCCUGGAAUCGUUGCACGUCCGAUUGGCACAUUUAAAGGAUCAUCAGAUUAUCAUUAUCAAACGCUUCGGUGUAACGUCGAUCUUCUGAAACUCAUUCAACUCGGCUUGACCGUUUGUGAUGAAGAAGGAGAACAUCCGGAUGACAUUUGCACUUGGCAAUUCAACUUUCGCUUCAGCCUUACCGAUGAUAUGUGCGCACCCGAAUCGUUGGAUCUGUUGAACAAAGCCGGCUUGGAUUUCGAUAAACACGAAAACCAUGGGAUCGAUAUCGAACAUUUCGGUGAAUUGAUGAUCACAUCCGGUCUUGUUCUCUUUGAGGAUGUAAGAUGGGUCACAUUUCAUAGCGGGUACGACUUUGGCUAUCUAUUAAAAGUCGUCACUGCUUUACCGCUACCUGCUCAAGAGACGGAAUUCUUUGAAAAUCUACGACAAUGGUUCCCAUGCAUUUAUGACAUCAAGUAUCUCAUGCGAUCCUGUAAAACGCUAAAAGGAGGAUUGCAAGAUGUUGCGGAUGAUUUGCAAGUGAGCCGAAUCGGACAACAACAUCAAGCAGGCAGUGAUUCAUUGCUGACAGCAAGUACAUUUUUCAAAAUGAGAAAGCGUUAUUUUGAAGGUCAAAUAGAUGAUGCAAAGUAUCUAGGAUGCUUGUAUGGCUUUUCUGCUCAAGCGAAUCGGCCAAAUAUCGCAGUGAUUCCAGGAUCAAACGGAAGGGAAUUGUUGGAUGGCGCAAUUCACUCCAAAUCAUCUUCUGCGGCGAGUAUACACAUGUCGCACAGCAACACAUUCAGCAAGACAUCUAUUGGUAGCGCUGGGGAGAGAUGAAUGCGCAAGAUGACGUUAAAGACUCCUCUCCUCAUCUGACGGUCUGUUUGUAAUACUAUCCCUAUUUUUGUAAUCUACAUAUAUAUGCCUUGGUCUUCUGUUGCAGCUGUGCUUGAUCCUUGUACUUCUUGUAUUGUUGAAUGAAUUUCUAGAGCAAGCUCUUGGGAUACCUGACUUUCUUUUAUCUUUCUUAACAACAUUUCACAGAAUAUCUGACUUGCUUCCUUCUUUCGUUGA